CAUAUUGAGACAUAAACAAUUGUAAACUGUAAUCACAGUUAAUCGAAGGGUGCCAGCUAAGUUAAGAUAGCCUAGAUCAGGAUUUUGAAUAGUACAUGGCAUUAUCGCUGGAGUUAAAUCCGCCGAUUACAUAGGAUGUGUUUAUACAGCGGAAAUAUGGCAAAGAACUUUAAGCCGUGUUAGGAAUUAUUUGAGAAUUAGGGAUAGAGUAAUAAAACACAUAUUCAGGUCAAAGUGUUAAACAUUUAUUGUUGGUAGAAAAGAUCUGAUCAGAAACAAAAAAGCAACAAAACACGCGCUGACGUUCUUUUUAAGGACAGGAUUUAUGUAAAGGUUACCGGUUUUCUCUGAAUAUGGCAUCCAAGGGGCCAGCGGCCAUACAGACCCUGUUUGAGUUCACUUGCAAGACGCUGCGUGGCGAGCUCGUGCCCCUGAGCAAGUUCCGCGGGCGCGUGAUUCUCGUGGAGAACGUGGCCUCGCUCUGAGGUUCGACUGUGCGGGAUUACAGCCAGAUGAACGAGCUGGUUGCCAAGUUCGGCAAUAAGCUCGUUAUCCUGGCGUUCCCGUGCAACCAAUUUGGACAUCAGGAGAACGGUAACGGCGAAGAGAUCUACAACUCUCUGAAACACGUGAGACCAGGGGACGGGUUCGUUCCGCAGUUUGAACUCAUGGAAAAGUGUGACGUUAACGGAGCUAGCGCGCAUCCAGUGUUCGAAUUUCUCCGUACCCGGCUGCAGACGCCGAGCGACGAUGGAAUUAAUUUGAUGAAAAAUCCGAAACUAAUUAUAUGGGAGCCAGUCACUAGGACGGAUAUAGCGUGGAAUUUUGAGAAGUUUCUCGUGGCGCCGGAUGGGACCCCAUUUCAGAGAUAUAGCAAACAGUUUCACACGAUUAAUUUGAAGCAUGAUAUUCAGCAUCUUAUUGAUAAGUUCCAAAUAUAAAUAUAUUUAUUAAUAAAUUAAUGUACAAUUAGCUUUAUUAACAACGUUUCAUCUUAAUUUUGUAAAUCUUUCAAUGCAUUUAAGGGUAAAUUCUCUGGAGUAUUACUUUAAAUUUAAUGAGGAAACAGUUUUAAAUGCUAUGCAAAAAAAGUUCGUAAUGGUCUACUCCAAAUUACUGUUGUUAUUAUAUAUUAAAGCACAUAUUCUUCUUUAACACUUUCAAAAUAUUCUUUACAUUAUGAUGUGCGUUGAAUGUCAAAGCAUGACAUUGCCCUUUUUAAUGUCAGUCUAGUAGAAAGUGUACAAUAUUGUGCAUUCAAAAUAGGUAGUUUUACCCAAAGUUGUUGGGCUGGCAAGUUGGGACCCUUGCCAAUUCACUGAAACACUAUCACUUAUUCUAUCAGUGUUUCAUAAAACAAAAAUUUUCAUCACUUUGACAAAAAAUCUAAUAUUAUAUAUAGGAACAUAUAUAUUAUAUCAGGAAUUGUUUGUUUGUCAAAGUGAUGAAAAAUGUUAAUGACACACUGAUAGUGUUUCAGUGAAUUUGCCACGCGUCCAACACUUGUGGUUUUACCAUGAACAUCUUAAAUGUUAAGUUAGUAUACAACUAAAUGUAUUAGAGGUUGUUAAAAACAUGUUGCUAUUUUUGUUUACAAUGAUUUAUGCUUGCUGGAGUGAAUUUGUUGAUGAUUAUUCUAUUUACAUGUUUGUGCAUUGACUAUUUUUCAAAGUGGUGUGCUCAUGAUUGGUAUAUCAUAAACCAUGUGCAGUGAUGUACCAGGAUGCUUGUCUAUACUUUGAGAACUAGUCGAUUUAAAAUAAAUGCUCAAUACCCGUA